AUGUCCGGCUCAUUUUGGAAACUAAGUAAUGGAUUCACGUCCUUGUCCAACAUAUCGGCGAUAUUCGAGAACUACGACAUCAGCACGGCCCUGAAGGACGAAAAGGCCACGUCUGAAACUUUAAUGAAGCUUUUGGACGAGAGCGACUUGCUACAAGAGUUAAUGUCCAACAACUCGCAGCUUUUGGAGUUUUUGAGAAAUGAACAAGUCAUCAGUAUGCUAAUUGACUUGUUGAUUCUGGUCAACGAUCCAGAUUCCAGCAUCGAAGACUCUUUUGUGCAGUUAAAGUUGGAAGAAGCGCCAAAAACGGAAGAAUCCACGUCAGACUCAACAAAUGAAGACAAAGAAGACAAGGAUGACAAAGAAGACAAAGACGACGACGAGUCCGAGCCUGACGGCGAAGAGAAGGACGAUGAUGGUGAAGAGUCUGUGCCUGAAACUCUGGAGGAGAAGAAAAACCGUUGUGCCACUUUGGCCGCCGAGAUUUUGAGCGCAGAUGUCUGGUCUUUGACCGAUACCGUUAUGGAAUCCACAUCCAACUUGAACAAAUUAUGGGCCAUUCUUGAUCUCGAACCCCCAUUAUCUAUAAAUUUGGCCACGUACUUCAUGAAAAUCAUGGAGCAUUUGCUAGAUAUGAAGUGUGAAGAAAUGAUCACCUACUUGAUAGAUAAUCAGCCCAACCUCGUGGAGAAGUUCAUCAAGCAUUUGGAUAACCCGCCGCUAAUGGACUUCUUGUUGAAGCUCAUCUCCACGGACAAACCUGAUAAUUCUACAGGCAUCAUUGAUUUUCUCCAAGAGCAGCACUUAAUUUCUCAGCUUAUAAAUGCUCUAGAUGUGUCGAACGCAUCAGACUCAACUUACGAUGUCCUGUUGGUGAGACAACUGUCUGCUGCCGAUUUUCUCAAAGCCCUUAUUACAAUCUCGGCGAAUUCUACUACAGAUAAUUCCACCAUUGGCCCUAACGAAUUGACCAGGGAAUUGGUUUCUUAUGAGAUGAUGAGUCGUCUAUGUGACAUAAUGUUAAUGGGAGGGUAUGCCCUCGGCAAUGGAGUUGGAAUCAUCAUUGAAAUUAUACGAAAGAACAAUUCCGACUAUGAUAUUUUGCCUGUUCUCUACAUCACUUUAGAAAGUCAUCCGCCCACGGGCCGUGACCCAAUUUACUUGGGACAUUUGUUGAAAGUGUUUGGAAGCAAGAUUGACGAAUUUAACAAGUUACUAAUGAGCUCAAAGGAGAACCUCAAACUCAAAACGACUUUCGGAGAAAUAGAACCUUUGGGGUUUGAAAGAUUCAAGAUUUGCGAGUUGAUAGCUGAACUCUUGCAUUGCUCCAAUAUGGCUUUGUUGAACGACAACAAAGGUUAUGACAUUGUAAAGAUUAGAGACGAACUCAGAGUGAAAAUGAAGGAGAUAGAUCCUGUCGGGUUCAAGUACAAUGAGGUGAUUGAAGUUCCCGAAGAGAUUUUGAAACCAAGGCUCGAGGCUGAAAUUGAAGUCAAUAAAAAAUUUGAAAAUGAGCUCAAGGCUCGUCGCAUGGAUGACGAUGGUGAUUUUAACGACACCAUCGAUUCGUUCAACUCGAAGUUGCAAGAGACUUCUUCUGGACGGAACGUCAACAGUGGAGAUGAAGAAGAGCCACACGCCAACGCUAACUUGACAGAGGAACAGAUUCGGCAGAAUCCGGUGGUUGGCGACUACCUCAAGAUUGCUCUUUUCGACACACAAAUCAUCUCGAACAUCUUGUCCAUGUUUUUCAAGUUCCCAUGGAACAAUUUCUUACACAAUGUCGUGUUCGAUAUUGUGCAGCAGGUGUUGAAUGGAUCCAUGGAUAUUGGGUUCAACAAGUUCCUUGCGAUUGACAUUUUCGCAUCCGGAGCCAUCACGAAUAAAAUCACAGAAAGCCAGAGGCUAUGCUCGGAAUACGAAGCCGAGCAUCUUGGCAUGAGAUUGGGGUACAUGGGUCAUUUAACUUUGAUUGCUGAAGAGGUUGUGAAGUUUAUCCAAUUGUAUCCCGUCAACACCGUCAGCAAGCUAAUCGACGAAAAAGUGGAGGAUGAGGUGUGGGAGCAAUACGUCAGCAAUGUCUUGUAUGACACAAGAAAGAAGUACAAUGCCAUAUUGGGAGGAAGCGACAUAGACGAUGACGAGGGCUCCAACACAUUUGACGAAAGCACAGGCGAGGUGAUUGAUGAAGGCGACUUGAAUCCCACUUUGAAUCUUGACCCGUCCGUCGAUCAUGACCUCAUAGGAAGCAGGUACGAGGACGCGUACAAGGAGGAGGAAUUCCAUGAAGAUGUUGAUGGCGACCACAUUAACGAUGGCGACAGCGAAGCACACGAUGUGAAAUUCAACUCGAGCGAUGAGUCCGAAUCCGAAGACGACGACGAUCAUUUUGCCAGCUACAUGUCGCAGCAGCUUGCAGACCAGGGUUCUGGUGGAGACUACAUGUCUUCGCCGCACAUGAAGACGAAGAAAAGAGGUGACUUUGAGAAAGAAGAGCCCAAGCCCGCUGACUACGUUAUUACUAGCAGCGGAGAUGAUGACGACGACGAUGACUACAUUGACCCGAACGACGACGGCAUGUCCUACAAAAAAUCCCAUCCUUUGUACGACCCACAAGGUGUGCUCAUUAAUGAAAAGCUUCGUGAUUUUGCCGACGAUAUUCUCCUGGGCGAGGAAUCUUCGAGCAGUUCCGAUAGUGAUGACGAUGACGACUUGGCGGAAGGAAACGCCAACACAUUGACCCGGAUAGCCAGCCGAGGCUGA